GCACAAACAAAGCCAAUAGGUAUAGCCAGUGCAGUGUGAAGAAAUGUCUCACUCCUGGUUUGCAGGGUGUGAGAGAAGCUUCUGGUAGCGGUACAGUUCAGAUGACAGAAGGAAGUGCUCACAAGCUGAAAAUAGGCCGAGCUGAAGUGCAAACGCAUCAGACUGAGACUAAGAGACAAUGAGCGUUCGGCUGUGUGACGAGGAUUAAUCCUGACUGAACCAUGUCAGACAGUAUACUGGAAGAAAUCUUCAUUAAACGAUCUCAGCAGAAGAAGAAGACCUCCCCACUGAACUACAAGGAGAGAUGGUUUGUUCUCACCCAGGAGAAAAUAGCCUACUAUGAUUUUGAUCCUGACAAAGGGAAGCGAAAGGGUCUGAGAGGAUCAGUUGACCUUGAGAAGAUUAAGUGUGUGGAGACGGUCCAGCCGGAGCCCAACGCCCCGCAAGAGCGCAUGUAUGCAUUCCAGAUCAUUUAUGAUGAGGGGCCGCUGUACAUCUUUGCAAAGACCGAGGACAUUCGGGCUCAGUGGAUAAAGAAGCUGAAAGACAUGGUGCGAUUCAACAAGGACCUCAUGCAGAAGUAUCAUCCUUGUUCCUGGAUGGAUGGGGUGUGGCUGUGCUGCCAGCAGGAAGUUAAACAAGCCAUGGGCUGCAAGGUGCUGGAUAGUAAGAACGGCUUUACAUCUAAACCAUCUCGGCGAAGGGGAUCCAGGAAACCUCUUCCUCCUACUCCAACAGAGGACAAGCCUGGUCGGCCUUUACCUCCACAGCCUCCUGAGACGCCAGGCCCCUCUGUUGGCAUGACCGUCAUAGCAGAGUAUAGCUACACACCCAUGACAGCCCAAGACCUGGAGCUGAGGAGGGAAGAGGAGUACACCAUCCUGGAGAUGUCUGAACCAAACUGGUGGAGAGCCAGAGACAAAUACGGAAAGGAAGGAUACAUACCUAGUAAUUAUGUGGUGGAAGCAGCAAAUGGGCUAGAAAGAUUUGACUGGUAUUGCAAGAAUAUGAACCGUAGCCAGGCAGAAAAGCUGUUAAAGACUGAGAACAAAGAUGGCGGCUUCUUGGUACGGGACUCAAGCAAGGCUGGGAAAUACACCGUGUCUUUGUUGAGUAAGGGUGGCGGGGAAACUGGUGGAAGCUGCAGACAUUAUAACAUCUGCACCACCUCACUGGGCCAGUUUUAUCUGGCAGAGAAGCACAAUUUCAGCACCAUCCCAGAGCUCAUCAACUACCACCAGCACAAUGCAGCAGGUAUGGUUAGCAGGCUGAAAUACAUCGUAUCUAACCGCGCACGGCCUCCAUCAACAGCAGGGCUUGGCUAUGGUGUGUGGGAGAUUGACCCCCAUGACCUCACCUUCAUCAAGGAGCUGGGCACCGGUCAGUUUGGAGUGGUGAAGUAUGGAAAGUGGCAGGGCCAGCACGACGUUGCCAUUAAGAUGAUUAAAGAGGGCUCCAUGUCUGAAGAUGAUUUCAUAGAAGAAGCCAAAAUCAUGAUGAAGCUUCGCCAUGAGAACCUGGUCCAGCUGUACGGCGUGUGCACCAAACAAAGGCCCAUUUAUAUCGUGACUGAGUUCCUUUCCAAUGGCUGCCUGCUGACGUACCUCAGGGAGGGCCUGAAGCAGCACCCAACGGCUGUCCAGCUCCUAGAGAUGUGUAAAGACGUCUCUGAGGGCAUGGCCUAUCUUGAGUCGAAGCAGUACAUCCACAGAGACCUGGCUGCCAGGAACUGUUUAGUAGAUGGCAAUGGCACUGUCAAGGUGACUGACUUUGGACUAUCAAGGUAUGUCUUAGAUGAUGAGUACACAAGCUCAGCAGGCUCUAAGUUUCCUGUUCGCUGGUCACCUCCUGAGGUUCUCCUCUACUGCAAAUUCAGCAGCAAGUCGGACAUAUGGGCAUAUGGGGUUCUCAUGUGGGAGGUGUACACUUUGGGACGACUUCCGUAUGAACGCCUUAACAACACGGAAAUAGUGGAGCAGGUGUCCCGGGGCUUGCGCCUCUACCGCCCCCAGCUGGCCAAUGAAAAGGUCUACACCAUUAUGACAAGCUGUUGGUUUGAUAAAGCAGAUGAGAGACCCACCUUUGAGGAGCUGGCACUGACUGUUCAGGAUUUGCUGUACGAGCUCCAGUAGAUCUCAAAAUAAUCCACAGCAGCAUCCACACAGAAACAGUUCACUCUGAUCCCCCCAGAGCAGCAUCUCCAUGUGUCCCACACAACGAAACAAUCAUUAAAACAGUGCCUCAGCACGGGACUGCACAGCCACACUGAGGUCCUCUGUAAUGUGAAUAUGUGUAUUGUGAAUGUCACUAUAACUCGGUCAUUAGAAUAGCAUUCCUAUCACAUUAUUGGAAUUACAGUCCUAUGAUUACCAUUCAAGAUGUGUAUAUUUUAUUGAAGGUUAUUGGAUUAAAAACAUACUGUAUCUGUCUUUAUUGUAUUCUAUGUAGUGUAUUAUGAGGAAUCAUUGUUAAAUGUAAACACCUUUACAUGUGGAAACAAGCUUUGUGUGAACAUAUGUAUUGCACAAAUAAAAGCCAAGUAUGCCAGGC